GUCGUAUGCGUCAGCUCGCCGCAUCUCUCAGUCAAAAUUUCAACUGCCAGUGAAUCGACCGUCCAUAUUUGCCCCUUCCAUCCAGCGAGCCACAGCAGCGGUUAGAUCUCUCCUAAAUCCAAGCAAAAAAAUCAACCGCCCCAGAGAAUUGGGAAACACCCAAAAAAAAACACUAAAGAGAGCUCAAUUAACUAACUAACCAAGAAACCGUUGCUUAGAGCUCCAUAUCAUGCACAAUUGGCCCGAUUCUCCCAUCAAGAUUUCAUCUUUCUUGAUUAAUUUUCAAGAAUUGAGAAUCUUGCAGAGGAAUUAGGGCCAAGAAUUUAGCCAUGUCAAUCUCAAGUUUUCAUCCCCUAAGGAAAGGAAAAGGGUUCCCAAAAUACUUCGGUUUCCACACAUUUGCUGAUCCUGGCUGCCCAAUCUCACUCAAUGGCCCUUUCAGGGACAAUAUCCGAAUUUUCCUUCAUCAGUGUGCGGAGCUUGAGGACAACCUAGUUGAUGGCAAUCCGAUUUGGUGUACGUUUUUGGUGCAUGACAGCAAGGGGUUUGUGGUGCCGCUAUACACUAUUGAGGAACACGUCAAGUCUUCUUCCCCUGAAUCCUUCUGCGAUCACUGCAGAUGUGCUGGUUGGUCUCAUCAUUUUGUUUCCAAGAGGAAAUAUCACUUGAUUAUACCCUCAGAUGAAGCAUGGAAUAUACCUCCGAGUUCGGAUGUUCUUGAUCUCGAUUCCCAUUUGCUGCAUGGGUCGAUACACUGCAAUGGAUUUGGACAUCUUCUCUGUAUUAAUGGAAUUGAAGGAGGGUCCAAACAGUUGUGUGGAAGAGAAAUAAUGGAUCUUUGGGACAGAAUUUGCAGCUGCCUUCAUACACGGAAAAUCACAGCACAGGAUGUUUCCAAAAAGCAUAAAAUGGACCUUAGGCUACUUCAUGGUGUGGCCUAUGGACAUCCUUGGUUUGGAAGAUGGGGAUAUCGGUUUCUCUGUGGCAGUUUUGGGGUAAAAGAUUAUCAUUAUAAUAGGUCUCUGGAACUACUUAGCUCCCUGGAACUCGAUAAGAUAAUUCAAGAUGUAAGCUGUACCGAGAGAUGCAAGGAAGUCAAGCAUAUCAUUCGCUGCUAUAGAGAUUUGAGUGAGACCAAUUUGGUCACCUUGCGAGAUCUCUUCAGGUUUAUGUUGACUCUCAAGUCCAGGGCUGAGGGGGGAAGAAAUGCAGCCAGCUCCAAUUCUAAAGUGCGGUUUGGUCCAGCAAGAUCAGUGACCAGAGUUGUUAUGCCUUCCAAGUCAUUUGCGAAAGAGAAAUCUGGUAAGUGCUGCAAAUUUUCUAAACUUGUUGUCAACUGGGACAGCAGAUGGCCUGUUAAAAGACUGGAGUUUACAGCUAAUGUAAUUGUUGAAGCCUUGAAAAAGAAGCAAGCCGAAAACAACUUUUUGAGACCUUUGAUGAAUAGGCAGGAGGUACGAGAUGCAGCUCGCCAACAAAUUGGUGAUACUGGUUUGAUCGAUUAUGUGCUGAAAUCACUGAACAAUGUUGUGGUUGGGGAUUACAUAGUCAAGCGCAUGGUGAAUAAAACUACGCGCAAGCUAGAAUAUAUGAUUGAGGAGGUGAAGAACACUAAUAAGGGUGUUUCUGGAUCUGGAAGAACCCCUCAGAUGACUGUGUCAAAUCCUUCAAAUCAUGGAGAUAAUGUUUAUGCUGAUGUCUCGUACUUGUAUGCCAAUGUCCUUUUGGACCAUCCCAAAUCAGAGAUUGUCAAAUCAGCUGCUAGGACAGUUCUGAACAGUAAGUAUUUUGUGAAGGAAUGGCCUUUCAGGGAUGAGCAGGAUCACAUGCUGAGAUUCAUUUGUGGGCUGCUUCCAAGUUUAUUAGAGACAGAAACUGAACUUACUAGGGAGUUGUCUAUUGGAGAGUACAUUGUUGUUCCCCUGCAUUCUACUAUCGGCGAUUUAAAGUUGGCAAUCCAAAAUGCAAUGAGGGACACUUAUUGCAUAACAAGUGAAUUUGUGGUCACUGAUAUUGAAGGAACUGGGGGAAUGGGAGAUGACGAAUUGAUAUUUGGUUUUAUUCAGUCUGGCUUAGAACUUUGGGUCAGAGGUUACGGACUCGAUUUGGAUACUGAUUUGAAGUACGAAGGUGGAGCAGACAAUUGGAAAGUCAAUUGUAAAUGUGGCGCUCAAGAUGAUGAUGGUGAGAGGAUGAUUGCAUGUGAUAUGUGUGAGGUAUGGCAUCAUACCUACUGUUGUGGCAUCGAAGAUUCUCAAGCUGCAGCCUCAGUUUUCAUUUGCGAUACAUGCUAUGCUUUGCUGAACCCAACUGUAGAACAGCCUAUCUACGAAAUGCAGUAUCAUCAAGCUCUGAUGCCCUCUCCGGAAUCUUACAUCUACUAUCCGGAUUCUUCUUUGCUCAGUUUCGAAGGUACUGACUGUCUGUUGAGUUAGUAUAUAUGUCUAGGAGUGACAUUUUGCUGGAGUCUAGUCAUUAACACUGCCUGGUGCCACAAUUUUGAUCUGAAGCAUAGUUGACCUAUUCUUUUGAUACAUAUAUUCUUUUGGAUAGAUAUUCUGUUUGUACAUCACAUUUACAAUUUUGAUUUUUGAUUGUAAUCAGUUCACUCAUUUUGAUGAACUACUCUUUGUACAUCACAUUCCCUGUGGACAUUGAUUACUGAACCAAAUGUUCACAUAAAUGAGUGUGCAUUCUGUAUAAACUAAAAAGUUCUGGGGGCGUCUGAAUAAGCAGACAAACCUGAUCCUCUUGGCUUUUUGGCCUCAUACAUAGACACAGAAAUUAAGCAGGUUGACCAUGUACCUUUCUGCACAAUUCUUUUCAUUCAAUUGAUCUACUC